AUGGGAGCUACUCCCUUAACUGAAAGAAUCCUGAAAGCAAAAAUCCCUAAAGGCUUCGACAAACCCACAGAUAUGAAGUACGACGGAACCAAGGAUCCCCAGGAACACCUAACGGCCUUCGAGGCCAGAAUGAACCUGGAAGGGGACGCUGACGCAGUCCGAUUUAGGGCCUUCCCGGUAAUCCUAGCUGGGCCCGUGAUUAAAUGGUUCACUGCCCUGCCCAACGGAUCCAUAACCGGCUUUCACAAUAUUUUGCGGAAAUUCAUGGCCCAAUUCACCACCAGAAUCACCAAAACCAAACACCCCAUCAGCUUGCUGGGAGUUACCCAGAGACAAGACAAGUCCACGAGAAAAUACCUCGACCGAUUCAACGACGAGUGCUUGACGGUUGACGGACUCACGGACUCAGUCGCAAGCCUCUGCCUAACCAAUGGACUCAUGAAUGAAGACUUCCGGAAGCACCUCACCACCAGACUGGUAUGGACCAUGCACGAGAUCCAAGGCGUUGCAAAAGAGUACAUAAACGACGAAGAGGUAAGCCAAGUCGUAGCUGCCAAUAAACGGCAGCAUGGCAACACAGCACCUCGACAUAACCCCCCACCAAGAGAAAACCAGAAGGAACACCCCACACCAGCAAACAUCAACCGACCUCCCAGAGUCGGAAAAUUCUCUAACUACACACCCCUGACGGCCCCGAUCACCGAGAUAUACCACCAAAUAGCAGAACGAGGUAUCCUCCCGAGGGCCCGACAACUCAAGGAAAGAACUGGCGGGAACAAAACCUUAUACUACGAUUACCACCGAGGUUACGGACAUAGGACACAAGACUGUUUCGACCUAAAAGACGCUCUCAAACAAGCAAUAAAAGACGGCAAAUUCCCCAAGUUCGCCAAAAUUAUCAGGGAACCAAAACGUGCAGAAAGAGACAAAUCACCAGAAAGAAAAGGACGCAACCCGAGGACGCAAAGACAAACCCCCAGGGAAAGUCCAGAAACAGACCCGACCAUAAUCAUAAACGUCAUCACAGGCAAAGACGCCCCGGGUAAAUCAAAAUCAGCACUCAAGAAAGAUCUCAAGAUCUUGGCAAUCAGAAAUCAAACCCCAACCACCACCACUGGUAAGGCGAUAACAUUCUCCCCCGAAGACUGCCAACACGGCACCUCGGCAGAAGAUGCCCCCUUUGUCAUAUCGGCAAAGAUCGGAACCGGGCUAGUCAGAAGAAUACUAGUGGAUACAGGAGUAGACUCUAACAUCCUUUUCAGAGGAGCCUUCGACAAGCUCGGACUCCGCAACGAUAACCUACAAACACACCGCAACAGAGUCACUGGACUCAGAGACAACUUCCUCAAACCAGACAGUUCUAUCGUCCUCCCCCUCACCAAAGGAACGGGAAACCAAAGGAAGACAAUCCUAUCUGAGUUCGUGGUCCUCAAAGACUCCAUCGCCUACAAAGAAAAACAAUCAACGAUCUCUCCGCCGUCAUCUUCACCAAAUACCUUCUCAUGA